GGGUCAGAGUUUGAAUCCAUCUCUCGCUGACACGGGGCGGGAGCGGAACCGCACCGGAAUGGAACGUCACCCGGAGCCCUGGUCGGAUGAUUGACAGGCGCGGCGGAGAAUGGAACGUCGCCCAGAGAGGAUGAUUGACAGGCGCGGCGGACAGGGCUCGGCUUGCGCACAAUAGCCACCCUGCCAGCGGUGGAGGAGAAGAGCUCCGUUCCCCUCUAAUAGGUGCACUCGAUCUGUUUCUCCUACAUAUGCUGCUACUUGUGCUCGCAUCUCAUGUGCUCGCAACCGAAACCACGACCAACCCCGUUCUGGGAGUGCGAUUUGUAACAAAGGAGCCUUAAUUUCUCUUGGAAGUCCGGAAGAAAUGCUUGUGCUUUGAGGAGGGGGACGACAACGCCGCACAACAGUGAUCACCUGGGAGACUUGCUGCUGCUCAAAGCUGGGACUCUUUUUUCUCUCUCUCGCUUUAAGGCCGGGGUAAAUAACCGAGUUGUGUUACGGGGGUUGGGUGGGGGAGAGUGUAAUAAAUGAGUUUGAACGAGCACUCGAUGCAGGCUCUGUCCUGGAGAAAGCUCUAUCUGAGCAGAGCCAAACUCAAAGCCUCCAGCAGAACGUCAGCUUUAUUGUCGGGUUUCGCCAUGGUAGCCAUGGUCGAAGUGCAGCUUGACACAGACCCCACCAUGUACCCACAAGGUCUCUUGAUAGCCUUCAGUGCUUGCACUACUGUGCUAGUUGCAGUACACCUUUUUGCUCUCAUGAUCAGCACUUGUAUUCUUCCACAUAUAGAGGCUGUCAGCAACGUUCAUAAUCUCAAUUCUGUUCAUGAGUCACCCCAUGAGCGUAUGCAUAGGCAUAUUGAACUUGCAUGGGCUUUCUCCACAGUCAUUGGGACCUUGCUUUUUCUUGCAGAGGUUGUGCUACUUUGUUGGGUUAAGUUUCUUCCAUUAAAGAAUCACCCUGUGGUUAAACAAAAUAAUUGUACACCAGCAUCAUCUGGAGACGAUGCAACUAUUACAUCUGGAGAAGCUGCAGCUAUUACAUCCACAACGAUUAUGGUACCCUUUGGAUUAAUUUUCAUUAUAUUUGCAGUUCAUUUCUAUCGAUCAUUGGUAAGCCACAAAACAGAGAGAGUUGAAAGGGAAUUGGAUGUACUUGCACAACUGCAGGAUCAGCUGGACCGAGGAGACACGCUGCACCCGACUGGGUCUCAUUUUGAAUAAGACUGGUUGUAAACUAUUGGAGAAUAGCUGCCUUAUAAUACAGUUUACAGUACUUGGUGCAUGAAGUGACUGAACUGUUGUACAAAAAGAACAAUCUAAUUACUAUCUAGUAAUACUCGAUACUACUGUCAGAUAUUUUGGGACAAUGACCAGUGCAGAACAUUUUUGUUCUUAAGUUUUAAAUUAAAAAGGUGCCAUACGACAGCAAAAUGCAUGUAUUUACUUUGGAUUUGUAUAGGAUUUAAUUGGAUUGUUAACAUUUUCAUCAUUAAAGAGAUUAUUGUGUGUUA